AUGGCGUCUUCCCUAAAAGCCCCAGAGCCGUUCUCUUUCUCGUCCCCAAAUCUCGCCGCCGAGUGGAAAAUGUGGUGGCGUCAGUUUGAGUUAGAGGGCCUUAAGAUCUUUGACAAAUUCGUGUUCGCAACGGCCAGCGACGAAAAAAAGAUCAAGCCCGUGCUGGACAAGUUUGACAGCCAUUUCGAACCGCUUAAAAGUGAAGUCUUCGAACGGUUUAAGUUCUUGCGUCGCCAUCAGCAGCCAGGGGAAUCCUUUGACUCUUGGAUAGUGUGCCUUAGAGGCAUGGUGAAAGGAUGUAACUAUGGAACGUCGGGUGAGUCUGUCCUCCGCGACCAAGUAGUACUGGGUAUAGCAGAUACCCAAACAUGGGAAAAGCUUCUGUUUGAAAAAUCGUUGGAUCUAGCGAAAGCAUGCGACAUCGUUCGGGCAUGCGAGGCAUCUCGUGCACAGUUUACGCAAAUUACAUCUGAUUUGACUAUUCGCCGGCCGGACGACUCGGUUAAUCGCCUGGCUGAAAAAGGUGUCAAAAAGAGUUCUAGCACUGGUGAGGGGGCACGGCCGAAGACCUUUAGUGGAGGUGCAGCCCAGCAACUGGUCGACUUGAGCGAGUGCAGUGAAACCUUGUCAGUGGAUGGCGUCAGCGUAACCGUCAAACUAGAUUCCGGGGCCUCGUGCAACGUCCUUCCACAGGAAGUGUUUCAUCGUUUGCCGACCAGACGUCAACGCCUCCGCCCUGGACCUCGUCUUCGUCGCUAUGGGGCCAAAAAUGGUUACUUAUCGGUUCUUGGAGUCCACACAGCAAAGAUGGUGGUCAAAGGUACUGUGCAUAUAGUGGACUUUGUAGUGGUGAAUGAACCGGGUCAGCCGUCAAUAUUGGGCCCCCCGUCCUGCCAAAGCCUUGACCUGAUUCGGCGUGUAAACUCGAUUCAGUCUGUCUCUCGGCCUCCAGUUCCCGCAGUCGUCACGGAGUUUUUAAAUGUCUUCACGGGGCUGGGAAAACUUCCGAUUGAGCACGUCAUCAAGUUGAGUACGGGGAGUAACGCGGUGGAUCCGGUCGUCUCUCCCGCAGGGAGGAUUCCGUUCCGGUUGGAAGAACCGGUGUACCGGAAGCUUGAACAAAUGGUGGCGGACGGUAUCAUUGCUCCCGUGUCCGAGCACACUGACUGGGUGAGCCGCAUGAUGGUUGUCAGCAAACCGGAUGGCAACGUUCGCAUCUGCAUCGACCCAUCUAGCUUAAACAAGGCUGCACUACGUCAACACUAUUCAAUUCCCACUGUCGAACAAUUAUUCGCCAAACUUGGUAAAGCAAAGUUCUUCUGCAGCCUGGAUACAGCGCAGGGUUUUUAUCAGAUUCCACUGUCAGAGGAAUCGUCCUAUUUGUGCACCAUGGCAACCCCUCGGGGACGCUAUCGCUUUCUGCGUAUGCCCUUUGGCUUGAAGUCAACGCCGGAAGUCUAUCUGCACACGAUGUCGGAGCUGUUUGGCGACCUCACAGGUGUUAUCACAUACUUUGAUGACUUCUUAGUCACGGGUGAAUCGAUGGAAGAACUUCAGACCAACUUGCGCCAGGUCCUUACACGUUGCCGUCAGCACAACCUGAAGCUUCAAUUAAAGAAGUGCAAAUUCUUCCUAAAGGAGGUGCCUUGGCUGGGGCACGUAAUAGGGGAUGGUGUGGUAAAAGUGGACCCGUCGAAAGUGGAAGCAAUCGUUAACAUGCCCGAGCCCACAGAUAAGGCAGCCUUAGUCCGCCUACUGGGAAUGGCCACCUAUUUGGAUAAGUUUUGUCCGAACCUAGCGGGUUUGACGCGUUCCCUACGUGAUUUGUUGAAGGAGUAG